CUUGGGGAUCUUUUCUCAAAAACAUCCCCCCUUCCGUCACAUUAUUUGGGGUACUCUUUAUUUGUGUGUUUGUGUGCGUGAGUGGUUCGGGCUGCUGGCGCGUCGCCUCUCCGCUUCAUGGGACGUGAUGUAGCCCCGGCACAGACGGACGCCUUGUGCCAUUACGGGAUGUAAGCGACAGCACCGCGGAUACAACACGAGGACGCGGCCGCUGCCCCCGCGACAUCGCCGGGACUCGGAUUCUGGACGCAUAGCAGACUCGACCGAGGCGGUUUCACGAGGAUAUUGAACCGAGCGACGGGAGGCAACUAUUUGGAUCCGCUGUUCUCGCUCCUCGACCGCGUUCCCCAAGUCUGCUCCUCACACACCGCGCGUCAGGACGGCAGUGGCGCCUUCGAGACACUUGCGAGAGAAAUGAUCGCUAAUACUUUGAAUGGAAGGAUGUGAGCUAUCGCUCCUUUUUAAAGUCGUUUCUCAAUCCGCGGACCGAACAUGGUUUUACUAUCCGGAAUGUGAUACACAGGAUUUGUGAGGAGAACACUCUAGCAUCGCACUCCGUCUCACACCGAGAUUUUGGACGGCAUCUUGCACCAGAGCAACAGGACUUGUGGUCUUGUAGGAAGUGUGGCGCAGUGGAGGGAGCCGUGCCAUCAAGGAAGCACCCGAUUCGGGCAUUUGCUCUCAAAAGACUGAACUCAACUGGGACCUUCAGCAGCGGGCGGUAAGAGGAGGAGGCCAUGUGGACCGCACGCCUGCUCGUCUUCGCCAGCCUCUUCUCACCAGCCGCUCUGGCCUUCAGUCGAGCACCCGUCCCCAUGGCGGUGGUGAGGAGGGAGCUCUCGUGCGAGAGCUAUCCCAUCGAGCUGCGCUGCCCGGGCACGGACGUCAUCAUGAUCGAGAGCGCCAACUACGGCCGCACCGAUGACAAGAUCUGUGACGCAGACCCAGCACAGAUGGAGAACACGCGGUGCUACCUGCCUGAUGCGUACAAGAUCAUGUCACAAAGAUGUAAUAACCGGACCCAGUGUGCUGUCGUGGCGGGACCAGAUGUAUUUCCUGACCCUUGCCCAGGAACCUACAAAUAUCUGGAGGUCCAAUAUGAAUGUGUACCCUACAUAUUCCUGUGCCCAGGGCUUCUGCGCAGGGUGUACCAGAGCGAGCACCUGUUUGAAUCGGACCACCAGUCAGGAGCCUGGUGCAAAGACCCUCUCCAAGCCUCCGAUAAGAUUUACUAUAUGCCCUGGACACCAUACCGCACCGACACGUUGACCGAAUAUUCCUCCAAAGGAGACUUUAUCGCCGGAAGGCCGACGACAACUUACAAACUCCCACAUCGCGUGGAUGGAACGGGCUUUGUGGUCUACGACGGGGCCCUGUUCUUCAACAAGGAGCGCACGCGCAACAUUGUCAAGUUUGACCUGCGGACUCGCAUCAAGAGCGGCGAGGCCAUCAUUGCCAACGCCAACUACCACGACACGUCUCCGUACCGCUGGGGAGGGAAGUCAGACAUUGACUUGGCCGUUGACGAAAACGGCCUUUGGGUGAUCUAUGCCACCGAGCAAAACAACGGGCGGAUCGUGAUCAGCCAGCUCAAUCCCUACACGUUACGCGUCGAGGGGACCUGGGACACGGCUUAUGACAAGCGCUCAGCAUCCAACGCCUUUAUGAUCUGUGGAAUCUUGUAUGUGGUAAAGUCUGUGUACGAGGACGAUGACAACGAGGCAACCGGAAACAAGAUUGACUACAUCUACAACACAGAGCUAAGCAAAGAUGGCUCGAUGGACAUCCCUUUCCCCAACUCCUAUCAGUACAUCGCUGCAGUGGAUUACAAUCCCCGGGACAACCUGCUGUACGUUUGGAACAAUUACCACGUCGUGAAGUACACUCUGGACUUUGGACCGCUGGACAACAGACUCGAAACGGCGUCCUCUGGAAUGGUGUACAUGGACACAACGAGGACCACCACUCGACCAACCACUGUUACCAUGACAACCACAGCAGCCGGGUCUCCGACGACCAAGAUGCCUGCCAUGACAACAGCAAUGGCCCGGUGGCCACGGACCACCACCAUGGCGGUGGCCCCGGUCCAUGCGCCGGGGAAGGGUUUGCUGCCAGAAGACAACAGGGCGCCGCCUUCCUCCAGGCUUCCCAACAUUAGGGUCGAGUACUGCAAUCCCCUGGUGAUGAUGGACAUCUCAUGGCCCAAGACCAAGCAAGGCCUGGUGACCAAGAUGCCCUGUCCACCAGGAACCGCAGGUGUGGCCUCAUACAUGUGCGUGGGUCCAGAGGGGUACUGGGACCCCCAGGGACCAAAUUUCAGCAACUGUACUUCCCCGUGGGUCAACCUCAUCAGCCAGAAGCUAAAGGCUGGAGAGACGGCUGCAGUCAUCGCCAGGGAGUUGGCGGAGCAAACUAAGCGUAAUCUUCAGGCAGGAGACAUCACCUUCACAGUGAAGGCCAUGGUUCAGCUGGUGGAUCUCCUUGACGUGCAGCUGAGGAACCUCACGCCAGGCGGCAAAGACAGUGCAGCACGAAGCCUGAACAAGCUGCAGAAAAGAGAGCGCUCUUGCCGGUUUUAUGUUCAGGCGAUGGUGGAGACGGUCAACAAUCUGCUGCAGCCACAGGCCCAGGCAGCAUGGAAGGAGCUGAGCACAGGGGAGCAGCUGCGGGCCGCCACCAUGCUGCUGGACACCGUUGAGCAAGGGGCCUUCGUCCUGGCUGACAACCUGCUGAAGACGGACAUUGUGCAAGAGAACACGGACAACAUCCAGCUGGAGGUGGCAAGGAUGAGCACAGAUGGGAACUUGCCUGAUCUGAAGUUCCCACAAACUGGAGGACAGGGCAACUCGAUCCACCUCUCAGCGAACACGCUAAAGCAGCACGGAAGAAAUGGUGAGAUUCGGAUCGCGUUCGUGCUGUACAAACACAUCGGGGCCUACCUUUCAACUGAGAAUGCCAGCAUGAAGCUGGGCAGCGAAGCCAUGGCUACCAAUUACUCCCUCAUUGUCAACUCACCGGUGAUCACGGCUGCCAUCAACAAAGACUUGAACAAAGUCUACCUCUCCGACCCUGUCAUUUUUACCAUUAGACAUCAACAGCAAUCUGAGGAGAACUUCAACCCCAACUGUUCAUUCUGGAGUUACUCCAAGAGAACCAUGACUGGUUACUGGUCGACGCAGGACUGCCGCUUGCUCGGCACCAACAGGACACACACCACGUGCUCCUGUACCCAUCUCACCAAUUUUGCUGUCCUUAUGGCCCAUGUGGAUGUCAAGAACACAGACCCUGUUCAUGACAUGCUUCUUGAUGUCAUUACUUGGGUUGGCAUCCUCCUGUCCCUGGUCUGCCUGCUCAUCAGCCUCUUCACCUUCUGCUUCUUCCGCGGCCUCCAGAGUGACCGCAACACCAUCCACAAGAACCUCUGCAUCAGCUUGUUCAUCGCCGAGUCCUUAUUCCUGGUGGGGAUCAAUCGGGGUGACCAGCCGAUUGCUUGUGCCGUCUUCGCCGCCCUGCUCCACUUCUUCUUCCUGGCAGCGUUUACGUGGAUGUUCCUGGAGGGCGUGCAGCUCUACAUCAUGCUGGUGGAGGUGUUUGAGAGCGAGCACUCACGGCGGCGCUACUUCUACCUGGUGGGCUACGGGGUUCCCGCGCUUAUUGUGGCCGUUUCUGCCGCAGUGGACUACCGCAGUUACGGCACCGACCGAGUUUGCUGGCUUCGCUUGGAUACCUACUUCAUUUGGAGUUUCAUAGGACCAGCAACCUUGAUAAUUAUGCUCAAUGUCAUCUUCCUGGGCAUCGCUCUCUACAAGAUGUUCCAUCACACAGCCAUCUUGAAACCAGACUCUGGUUGCCUGGACAACAUCAAAUCAUGGGUGAUUGGGGCCAUUGCCUUGCUCUGCCUGCUGGGCCUGACCUGGGCCUUUGGCCUGAUGUAUGUCAAUGAGAGCACGGUGGUCAUGGCCUACCUGUUCACCAUCUUCAACUCCCUGCAAGGAAUGUUCAUCUUCAUCUUCCACUGUGUGCUGCAGAAAAAGGUGCGUAAGGAGUAUGGGAAAUGCCUGCGUACUCACUGCUGCAGUGGAAAAAGUGUGGACAGCUCCAUCGGCUCUGGAAAAGGCACCGCCUCUCGUGCUCCAGGACGUUACUCUACUGGGUCACAGAGUCGCAUCCGUCGAAUGUGGAAUGACACAGUCAGAAAACAGUCAGAGUCUUCUUUCAUGACCGGCGACAUCAACAGCUCUGCAUCACUUAACAGAGGGGCUAUGGCUAACCAUCUUAUACCUAAUGCACUCCUACGUCCUCAUGGCACUAACAAUCCCUAUAAUACAUUGCUUGGGGAAUCGGCAGUCUAUAACAACCCACUGGGCAUGUACAACACACAAGAGCCCUACAGAGAGACAAAGGGAAUCCUGAACAAUGCCCGGGAUACAAGUGUCAUGGAUACUCUACCACUGAAUGGUAACCAUGGCAACAGCUACAGCAUCGCCAGCGCCGAGUACAUGAGUGACUGCGUCCAGAUCAUUGAUCGGGGUUAUAACCACAAGGAGACCACCCUGGAAAAGAAGAUCCUGAAAGAGCUCACCUCCAAUUAUAUCCCCUCCUACCUUAACAAUUCCCACGAGCGCUCAACUGAGCAGAACCGGAACCUUAUGAAUAAGCUGGUCAACAACGUCAGCAACGGUGGCAAGGACAGUGGCUACGGGAUGGGCUUGGGAAUGGGGAUGGGCAUGAAUGUGGCGCUAAGCCUGGACGACCACUCCACCUUUGGCCCCCACCACGACGAAGGCCUGGGCCUGGAGCUCAUCCGCGAGGAGUCCAGUGCCCCCCUGCUGCCUCAAAGGCCACUCCCGGCACUGCAGGCGGUGGACAACCUUCACACGCACCUCCACCAGUCAGCGCCUCCACCCCUGCCUCUGCCCCUCCACCCCUUCUCGUCCGCCACCACCUCCUCGUCUCGAAGGAGGAUCCCCCAGGAGAACAGCGAAAGUUUCUUUCCCUUACUUCCCAACGAGCACACCGACGACGAGGGCUCAUCGCCCGGCCACAACCGCCAGAGAGACUCCCUGUACACCAGCAUGCCCAUGCUGCCCGGGCUGCCACGUGCGUCCGCAGAGUCUGCCGACGGCUCCAAGGACGGCGGGGACGCCAAGAGCCCGGAGGCCAGCUCGGACGACGUUUACUACAAGAGCAUGCCCAACUUGGGCUCACGUAACCACCUCCAUCAGCUGCACUCCUAUUACCACUUAGGGCGGGGAAGCAGCGAUGGCUUCAUCGUGCCCCAAAACAAAGAGGAUCUGUCUCCAGAAGAAGCCCAGCCGGAGCCCUCGCACCUGGUGACCAGCCUAUAGGCCCCGCCCCCCCCCCCCCCCGGUGUCCCUCCUCUUACCGUCGUCCUCUUCACCGUGUCCCCUCGUUCCUUCAGUCGUCGGCAGUGGUAGCCUUUCUUUUUAUUCUGUGCCCCGAAGACUGAAGCAGAGCAAAAGACUCGACUCGCUUUUACUGACCACGGACAGGAUGUUAUUGCUAUGUGUGGGACCUCGUGUGUGACUAUAUUUGGGUAACCAUUGCGGGGAUCUGUUGAUGUUGUGUUCCCCCCCCCUCCGACCCUGUGUGGUUUGGCGCGUUUUGUGUGAAAAGAGACAAUUACUCACACAGGACUUUUAGGUCUCGGAGAUAUAGUCUGACAGUCAGAAUGAACUGCAUAGCCCAAAACUAUACAAGUCUAAACUAUAGACUUCACCAGAAUACAUGGGGAAUUUAAAAAAGGACUAUUUUAUUAUACUUCUGUAUCUAUAUUGCUUUUUUGAAAGAUUUUCUUCCUCUUUGGUGAGUUGCAGCACAUUUUGUUUGCUGAAGUGUCCCUUCGAUGAAAAAAAGAAAAAAACAACACAAACACAAACACACAUUUUGAACAAUUACACAAAGCAAUUAUUGAUCGUAUACUUUCAAGCAUCGCUAUUCUUUUUCUUUCAUUUUCCUGUAAUAACAGUUGUUAAAAGAGGGAGAAAAAAACUAAUAAGAUAAUUAUGAGAUAUUUCUAUGUAAUUGUACAGAUAACUAGCAUUGCACACAGUAGUAUGCUUUUUAUUUUGUGUUCCGAGCAAACCCUUUGUCUCUGUAAAUGUAGUGGUUAGGAGCAAUUUAGUUCUGUUGUGCUGACCUCUCUGGUGUUCUGGUACCAGUCUGUUUCUUUAGUUUCUAUUACUUUCCAAGAAUUGACCAUCUAAAUAGAAGCAAAAUAUCACAACAAAAUGCGUGUCGUGCUGGCAUUUUUGUGCUACAUAUUCAUCUCUGUCUUCAGGUCGACUUUCUGUUUCAGAUAGAUUUAUUUUUCCUUUCUUUUCCGUGUAGAUAGCAGAGCUCUGAUUCUCAGAUCGUCAAGGAGACCGAAUAAGUCCCAGUUAAUCAUGAGAUGUCCCUCAGAAAGGUUCACAGGGCAUUGCGCAUCUCUGCUGGCAUUCCUUUGUGCUCCGAGAGAGAACUAAUGGAACAUUGAUGAGCACGAGGCACUUGUACAAAAAUGAAAGAUGGUUGUUUUACUUAUUAAAGAAAGAGCUUUUGGAGUGGGAAAAACUGGAAGUGUUUUCGUUUUUCUUCCUCAAGGAGAAAAUAUAUUUAUUUAUCUGUUUACUAAACAGUAAUGAAAUGGAGGAUGAAACUAAGUUUAGUGGUACAGAUAAGUUUUUAUUAUCGGCUAUGAUUAUGGCUUUUUAUUUAUUCCUUUUUGUAACGGUUUCCAAGUUGAAUGACUUCAUAACUAAUAGUUGUUGUAACAGUGAAACUUGUUUGCCAACAAAUAAAUUACUGACUAAGAUUCAUCACUUAGCUAUGACAAAACUUUUGUCUGGGUCUUGGAACUAUUUAAUAUGGAUUCCAGUGAAGGACCUCCAAAUGAUGGACCGACCCAUUCAUUUUGUUUUAAUUAUCAGUUAAUAUCCCUCAUUAGCCCUCUGUCCAUUUUAGUGCCAAAUACAUUUUGGCCCAGAAACAGUGGAUGUGCUCUGUAUGCUCUGGUCUGCUUCACAAUAGAAGCAGUGAUUUCAUAAGCUGUAAUAAAUAUUUCAAUAUCA